CCUCCUCCUCAUCACCGCCACCACAACACCAUGAAUUCUGAUAUCUUGGAUUCCAAAGUAAACACUGGUCUGAAUCUUCUUACUACCAACACGAGCAGCGAUCAAUCCGUUGUCGACGAUGACAUCUCACCGAAUUCACACCAGAAAAGACCCGUCCCUGAUCAGACGGUUGUUAUUCUGGCGGAGCUGGAGCGAACGAAGGCGGAGAAUCAACGGUUGAGAGAGAGGCUUGAUCGUGUAACCGCGGAAUACAAGGCCCUGCAGAUGCAAGUGGUGGCUUUGAUGCAACAACACAAGCCAGAGGAGGAGGAGGAGAAGAAGCAAGACGCAGCUCCAAGACAGUUCAUGGAUCUUGGAUUGGCCACUAACGGUGCUGAGACGGGGGAGGAGGCUUCGCUUUCUUCGUCGGAGAGGUCCAAGUCUCCAGAGAGGAAGAAUGGAAGCAGUGAUGAUCAAGAAAAGAAUAGCAGAGAGGAUAGUCCCUCGGCUCCAAGAAAUGUUGAUCAAGCUGAAGCCACUAUGAGAAAAGCCAGAGUCUCUGUUAGAGCUAGAUCAGAGGCUCCAAUGAUGACGGAUGGAUGCCAAUGGAGGAAAUAUGGGCAGAAGAUGGCAAAAGGAAACCCAUGUCCAAGAGCAUACUACAGAUGCACCAUGGCUGCAGGUUGCCCUGUUAGAAAACAGGUACAAAGGUGUGCUGAGGACAGAACAAUACUAGUAACAACAUAUGAAGGGAAUCACAACCACCCUCUGCCACCAGCAGCAAUGGCAAUGGCACAAACAACAUCUUCAGCAGCAAGAAUGCUUCUCUCGGGAUCAAUGUCAAGCAGUGAUGGCCUUAUGAAUGCUAACUUCCUAACAAGGACACUCCUUCCUUGCUCCUCAAGCAUGGCCACAAUCUCAGCCUCAGCACCAUUCCCAACUGUCACUUUGGACCUCACUCACUCCCCUAACCCUUUGCAAUUCCCAAACCACCAAAACCACUUCCAAUUACCAUUCCCUCACUCACCUAACCCUUCUUCAUUGCUGCCUCACAUCUUUGGCCACGCUCUUUAUAACCACUCUAAGUUCUCAGGCCUUCAACUCUCUCAGGAUGCUGAUCCUUCUUCUCAGCCUCCCCCGCCGCCUCCUCCGCAGCUCGCAGAUUCAGUUAGUGCUGCCACUGCUGCCAUUGCAGCUGAUCCUAACUUCACUGCUGCUUUGGCAGCUGCUAUUACUUCCAUUAUUGGAGGUGCACAACACCAAAACAAUAAUGGCAACACCAACAAUAGCACUGUUGCUAAUAAUGGCAACAACACUAGUACUCCCAACAACAAUACCAAUGGAAGCAAUAAUAAUAUCAACAGUUCCAAUUUCUCAUCAGAGAACUAGUUAAUCACACUUUCAACUUUUUUUUUUAUAUUAAUUUUGAUUUUAUUUAUUUCUCCUUAUAUUUGGGAACACAUAUAUUGAGUUUUGGUUGUUACUUUUUUUUUUGUUAAGUUCGGUUGAGGGGUAUAUUAUUGUUAGAGAAAUAGUUUAUAUCCUUUUAUUAUGUCUUACUAGCUAUAAGCUCAAAAUUUGUAUUUAAAAAAACAAAACAAAUGUCAUAAAGGAUGAGAAAAAGAAAAAUAAAAUUGUAAUAGAGUAUUAUUGUUUUGUC